AUGUUUGCAGAAAGACUAGAAUUUCUUGCCGCUCUGACAGAACGGGCAUUAAAUUCAGAAGCUGAGCUCAAAUUAAAUACUGACCAGUCCAUUACACCAGAAAGUGACACAGCUAGAUUUUUUAAUUUGGAAUGUGAAAAACGAGAAAACAGGAAAAACAAGAAAAUAUCGAUUCUCGUUUUGAUGUUUAUAAAGCUGAUAUUUCUGAAGCUGGUUGUAACAAAGAUCAAUGCACCUAGUGAAAGGAUUACUGAGUUCUUUGGAAGCGAUAUCGACGACAGUGACAAGGAACCAGAUUAUGAACUUCCUGAAUCAGACGACUCGAAUAGUAUUUCAUUGGUUUCGUUCGAAAAUACAACAGAUCCAAAUCAAUUGAAUAAAAAUAAAAAUAAAAGAAAAUCGGUAAAAGGUGAUACUAGAGCAAUGAGGGAAAAAAUUGGACAUAAAUGCAGUUUCUCAGUUGAUAUGAAAAUCAUUUUUGCUACUGAAUUUUAUAGCAAGUUUACUUGA